CAAUUUAAAAAUUAUAUAACUCCUCAAGACAGAUUAAUCAGUCAAAACAAAAAUAUAUCUGCCAAUCAAUCGAAUAACCUGGGCUCAAAUCAAACAACAAAACCUUCAGACAGAAACAAUAAUUCUUCAACUGAUCGUAAUAAUCAAAUUAAACACGAGCAAUUGAGAUAUCCUCCCGCACCAAAUGGUCCAUCAACUUCUCAGCGACUUUCGUACUUUUCUUCACAAAAUAGCUCGUCUAGUUCCCAACGCCUUUUCUAUUCUCCCGGCUCGUCUAGUUCCCAACGCCUUUCCUAUCCUCCCGGCUCGUCUAGUUCCCAACGCCUUUCCUAUCCUCCCAGCCCGUCUAGAUCCCAACACCUUUCCUAUCCGCCUAUAUCGACGACAAAUAAUUCUUCCUAUCUAUCUCAACCAUCGAUAAAUACACGUUCUUAUUUACCAUCAACAAGUUCUUCUAUAAACAACCAUAGUAUAAAUCCUCAAACCCUAAAUACACAAAGUACCUUUUCUUAUGUAUAUAAUUCCAAUUAUAAUUAUAGCCAUAGCUCUCCCAUAACUAUUGGUCCGUUAACUGCAGCUGAAAUUUAUAUAUACGGCUUUUUACGAGAGCAUAUAACGCAGAACACGGACGUGGAUAUCGAAGGAUUAAAAUGGACUGCUAUUGAUAAAUGGAAUAAAAUGUCAAACAAAGAAAGACAUCCAUAUAUAAAAGCUGAGAAUCGAAUGAAAUUAUAUGGCAAUCAAUUGUGGAAAUAUUGGUUCAAUGCUUUUGGAGAUAAUGGUGAGCGCCGACUAACAGAAUUUCAAAUUGAACAUAUUGU